UGGAAGUGGAAGACGAACACAUUUGUUGUAGUCUGCUACUCUUAAGUCGAUAUUUAUCGUCGCGAGGUGCCAUUUGUGCAUAUUUUUAUUGGAUAAGAAUAAAGUUAAAGUGUGGUGUUGUGUGACAAGUGGAACAUUUAAUAGUUGUCACUAAAUUGUGCAAUAAACUUCACUCAAUAUUUAAGACCAUAAAGAAUUCUAUCGUGAUCACAAAAUGAGUCGAAAAUUUUCACGAGUUGAGUCUGGCGCCGAUCUGUUGGAGUUUCUCGAUCGGGGUCAUAGCGCUAACAUGGAGAAUCGAUUUACAUUUGAAGUUGCAUGGGAGGCUGCAAAUAAAGUCGGCGGGAUUUAUACUGUGAUAAGAUCGAAGGCGUUUGUCUCGACUGAAGAGCUUGGCGAUCAAUAUUGUCUGCUUGGACCUUACAAGGAAGAAUGUGCACGACAGGAAGUUGAAGAAUGUGAAUUUCCAAAUCAUUCACCAGUUCAAUGGGCUGUUAACGCCAUGAGAUCGCUCGGCUACAAGAUUCAUUGUGGACGAUGGUUGGUCGAUGGUAAUCCACAAAUUAUUCUCUUCGACAUUGGUUCUGGUGCAUGGAAGCUCGACGAGUUUCGUCAGGAACUUUGGGAGAAAUGCAACGUUGGAAUUCCACAUCUUGACAUUGAAUCUAACGACGCUGUCAUUCUCGGCUACAUGAUCGCUCACUUCAUAGCAGAAUUUAGAACUGCAGCUGAACGCUACUCGAAAGAUCAUGGAUUGUCAGAAGCGAAGAUUGUAACGCAUUUUCACGAGUGGCAAGCGGGCGUUGGUCUCAUUGCUAUUCGUACACGUCACAUUGACGUUGCGACUGUCUUCACAACUCAUGCGACACUUUUGGGACGUUAUUUAUGUGCUGGCAAAACUGAUUUCUAUAAUAACUUAGACAAGUUCUCAGUUGACGAAGAAGCCGGCAAACGUCAAAUUUAUCAUCGGUAUUGCUUGGAACGUGCAGCUGCAAAUCUUUCUCAUGUCUUUACGACAGUCUCAGAAAUAACUGGAUAUGAAGCGGAACAUUUACUCAAACGUAAGCCUGAUAUCAUCACACCAAAUGGACUCAACGUUAAGAAAUUCUCAGCUUUACAUGAAUUUCAAAAUCUCCAUGCAAUGGCCAAAGAGAAACUUCACGAAUUUACUCGUGGACAUUUUUAUGGACAUUUUGAUUUCAAUCUUGAAAAGACUUUGUAUUUCUUCAUCGCUGGUCGAUAUGAGUUCAGUAAUAAAGGUGCUGACAUAUUUAUCGAAUCAUUAGCGAGAUUAAAUCAUUUCUUGAAGAGCUCGUUGCCGGAUGUCACAGUUGUUGCAUUUUUAAUAUUUCCGGCUAAAACAAACAACUUUAAUGUGGAAUCUUUACGUGGUCAUGCAGUUACAAAGCAACUUCGUGACACAAUCAAUCAAGUUCAACAAGAAAUUGGGAAGCGAAUGUAUGAUACGUGUUUGACUGGCUGUCUACCUGAAGGUAGAGACCUUCUCACUAAAGAUAACAUUGUGAAGAUUAAGCGAUGUCUUUAUUCACUUCAAAGAUCCGGAAUGCCGCCAGUAACAACACAUAAUAUUGUCGACGAUUGGAAUGAUCCAGUCUUGAAUUCCAUUCGUCGUUGCAAUCUUUUCAACAGCGUUCACGAUCGAGUGAAAAUUGUCUUUCAUCCUGAAUUUCUUAAUUCAACGAAUCCAUUAUUUGGUCUUGAAUAUGACGAGUUUGUGCGUGGGUGUCAUUUAGGUGUUUUCCCUUCAUACUACGAGCCAUGGGGUUACACACCGGCUGAAUGUACUGUAAUGGGAAUCCCCAGCGUCACAACAAACUUAUCAGGCUUUGGUUGCUUCAUGCAAGAACAUAUUGCUGAUCCAAAAUCGUACGGAAUUUACAUUGUUGAUCGUCGUUUCAUUGGAUUGGAGAAUUCUAUUCAACAAUUAGCGCAGUACAUGUACGACUUUGCGAAACUUAAUCGUCGUCAACGUAUUAUUCAACGUAAUCGAACCGAACGAUUGAGUGAUUUGUUGGAUUGGAGAAAUUUGGGAAUUUAUUAUCGUCAAGCACGUGUCAAAGCACUUCAAUCAGUUUACACUGAUUACGUUGAUGAAGCUGGUGAGAUGUUCUUCAGCCGUACAAGCAAUAGCUUUAAUUAUCCACGUCCGAUGAGUGCACCGCCAAGUCCAUCAUCGUCACGUCAUACAACACCAGCUCCUUCAGUUCAUGGUUCAGAUGAUGAAGACAGUGUCGACGAAGAUCAGGAACUUCACGAGUUAGGAUUGAACCAAAACUAAAUGUUUGUAGCUCUUCUCAACAAGGACUGAAGAAUAUUGAAGAGAAAAAUAUUUUUUGUGGAAUUUUCAAUCAUUAUUUUACAAUGUGAAUGUUCAACUUUGGGAAACAUAAAAUUAUGCUUGAACAUUCCACAAAAUUUAUUUUCUUGAAUCAUUUGAAAGCUCCCGUUUUUUAAUGUCAAUUUUUUUUGUUCUUUUUUGUUUUACAACUUAUGUUCGUAAUUGAUAGUCAAAUUCCGGUAAACAUUUUGUGUUCAAUUUUAACUAAUCAGAGAUGAGAAAAAUGGAUUCUGAGUGAAAUAGAAAUUCGAUACAAAAAGUUGCAUGAAGCUUCAAGUUAGAAGCUUAGAAAAGUGAAAGAAAGAGAUUUAAGUUGUAUAAAGUGAAAGCAAAUCAUUACAAAAGAUGCCAUGUUAGUUUUACUUUUACAAGCAAUGAAAAGUGUGCAAUGAAUAGUUGUGACUUGUUAAUGAUCAUUAAAAAAUGAAAUAUUGAUUUUCGACGAUUCAUUAAAAAUGUCGGAAAUUAUUUUUCGACGAUUCUUUUAAAAGGUCGAAAUUUCCCAGAUAUUAGCAAAGAAAGUUUAACUAAAGUUAAUUAAUGCUGCUUAAAUUUGAGAUAUUAAAAUAAUGUUUCGUUUUAUCUGAAGUUUGGAUAGUUUAUUGUCUCGAAUUAUGUUAAUUUUUCUUGUCCUUUUAUUAAAAACAUUUAUGUUGAAGCAAUGUGGAAUUCUGUCAAUGAAAAUAUUAAAUAAAUCAUUAUGGCUAUUGAAGACAUAAAUUUAUUAGAUAAAUCAUAGACGAUAUAUGAGUAGAAUAAUAAAAAAUAAAGCAGAAAAUUAUUUUUUAAUAAAACAAAAAUUCAUUUGGAUAUUUUUAUGUUUUACA